AGGUUGCAGGCCCACCACCAACGACGUUGUCCGCAACACCCACCGCGGGUUCCUGUGGAUUGCAUGUGAGCUGGGCUGCAUUUGAGCUGUUGGAAAUGCUGGGCCUUUUGGUACCGUCAAGGUGUGGGCCAGCACUUUUCCUUGGAACAAUAGAUGGGGCUGGUGGAGAGGACGUGGCAAUGAAACAGGCCCUCAACCUGGCCGAGAAAGCCAUGAGAAGGCUCACGAAUUCCUUGGACCCAGGAUUGGAGGAUCAGCUGUGGAAUCGAACAGAUGGUGAUCUCGUUUUUGCUAUAGGGGCGAUCCUGAAGGGAAUGCCUACUGUAAGGCAACGGUAGUCACCACCUGUAGUCUUGAGUCGUGGAUUUUUGUGGAUUGCCGGAUUUGCGUAUCCAGGCAUUUGCCAUUGUGGGCUCCAUUAUCAAAGCAUUUUUAUCACCAACCCGUCAGCCAUCGUCAGCUGGAAACCAGCCAUGGUAAAGGACGGAGGUGAUCGAUGUUGAUCGAUGUAUGAUGUAAGCAUAGAAUUCGUUAUUUGUGCUAUAAUUUGUUGUAUCUCCUGUGCGUUCCAACUGUCCCGAAAGCGGACGCUGGAGAUGCGCAUUAAAGAUCUUGUAGCUGUGAUUGCAGAUUGUUGCUG